AUUAAUUAUAGAACCAAAGCAAAUACUAAGCAGUUUUUUGCACUAGCCAACACUAAAAGUGGCUGAUUUCCCAAUACUGGCAGCAUUUUGUGCAUUUUUAACAAAAACGAAACGAAAAUUGUGGAAAAAUAGUGUAAAAGUAACUGAAACAACAACAAAAAAUGUCAACAUCGACGUUGAGAGAUCAGCCCGGCACUUCGAAAGAAUCAUUCGAGGAUUUCUACUCCGAAGUGAAAGAAAUUGAAAAACGCGAUUCAGUACUAACUCCUACUCAACAAAUUGAUCGUUUACUUCGUCCAGGUUCCACAUACUUCAAUCUGAAUCCCUUCGAGGUGCUCCAGAUUGAGCCAGAGGUCGAGGUCGCCGACAUUAAGAAACGGUAUCGCACACUGUCCAUACUGGUGCAUCCCGACAAGAAUCAUGAUAACCAGGAGCGUGCCCAAAUGGCAUUCGAUAUUGUGGCGCGGGCGUGGAAAAUCUUGGAGAACGACCUCACACGCAAAAAGUGCCUGGAAGUCUACGAGGAGGCCAAGGGACGCACAGAUCACAUGAUAGCGGAAAAGCGUAAAAAGCUCAAAAAGGAGGGUAGAUCCUUUGAGCCCAUACCCGAAGAUGAUCCCGUCAAAUAUAAGCAUGCCAUCUAUGUGAUGGUCAUGAAACUGUUUGCGGACAUGGAACGACGCCGGCAAAAGCUCGAUCAGCGGGACCAAGAAGAGCGCAAGCGAAAGCGCGAAACAGAAAUCGAGGAGGAGGAACGUGUCAAGGCGGAUCGCGAAUGGCAGCAGAACUUUGAGGAAUCUCGUCAGAGUCGCGUGAACAGCUGGCAUGACUUUCAAUCGGGCGCUGGCAAAUCGAAAAAGACUAAAAAACAGAAGCACAUGACGGGCAUGAUGGUGCCGCCCAAGUUUAAGCCCGAAUCGCGAUGA